UUUUCUCGCGUUGGUGGAGGCCUGGAGCGUCACAAAUUUUAAACUGCGCAGUGUUAGCGGAGGCGCAUCUCUCGAUUGAAUUAGCUUUUUCUGCAAACCGACGAAUAUGGCAGAUAUUGUCCAGGAAAUUAUUGAACCCAUCGAGGCUGAGACAGAGGGAACAUCUCAGGAUGGCACGAAUGGCCUGAAAAUAGAGCCGGAAGAAGAUGAGGUUCUUGGUGAAGAUGCCCCUGCAGAAGAAGAYGACCUAGGCCUGGGUGAUGACGAGGUCCUUGGAGAUGAGGUCCUUGGUGAUGAUGAUACCCCUCUAGAUGGCGACCCUAUCGAUGACACCCCUAUCGAUGAUGCCGAAACCCUUGCAGAUGACCCUACUGAUGCCCCUGAAACCGCCCCAACCCAAAAUACCAAGUCUGAGCUCAAAGAAAAGGUGUCCGGAGGAGGUCGCAAAGGGAACCGCUUCCACCCCUACAAAGAGAAGCAGGUCACCGGGGACAAGAAGGGCGGAGGAGGGGGUCACAGGAACCGCGUGUUCAUUAGCAAUAUCCCCUAUGACACGAAGUGGCAGGCUAUUAAAGAUCUGAUGAGAGAGAAAGUUGGUGAGGUUACAUACGUGGAGCUCUUUAAGGAUGCUGAAGGAAAGUCAAGGGGAUGUGGUGUUGUGGAGUUCAAAGAUGAGGAGUUUGUGAAGAAGGCCAUAGAAGUCAUGAACAAAUAUGAUCUGAAUGGAAGACCCCUCAAUAUCAUGGCGGAUCCUGAUGGGGAGCGUGCUCGGCGCGUGCUGCAGCGUACAGGGGGAAUGUACCCUGGAGGGGGAGGCAGGGGGCAGGAGGGGGGYCCGGGCGGUGUAGGUGUACCCCCUUCCAUCGCUAACAACCCCAACGUCCCCCAUGAGGUCAUCAGCUCUCUACGGGUCGGACGCCUAGGGACCACUGUGUUCGUAGCCAACCUGGACUUCAAGGUGGGCUGGAAGAAGCUGAAGGAGGUGUUUGGUAUGGCUGGAACAGUGAAGAGGGCUGACGUGAAGGAGGAUAAGGAUGGGAAGAGCAGAGGGAUGGGGACUGUUACCUUCGAACAGGCCCUGGAAGCUGUACAGGCUAUCUGUAUCCUUUAUAUAUUAUAUACUACUGCAGAACACACCCACCUUCCAACAGGCUGCAGAUUCUAUCUGUAUCCUUUAUAUAUUAUAUACUACUGCAGAACACACUCACCUUCCAACAGGCUGCAGAUUCUAUCUGUAUCUUUAUAUAUUAUAUACUACUGCAGAACACACCCACCUUCCAACAGGCUGCAGAUUCUAUCUGUAUCUUGGAUGUUAUGUUUGUGUGGUACAACAAACUCCAACUCUUGUGUGUCCUCUGUGUUGUGGGGUCUGGGAGGGAUUGGGAUGGGCCUGGGACCAGGAGGACAACCUAUCAAUGCCAACCGGCUGAGUGGUGGAGGAGUGGGCAACAUGGGCCCUGCAGGUAUGGAGGGAGGACCUGGGUAUGGAGGGAUGAGCAGACUAGGAGGGUUCGGUGGCAUGGACAGCAUGGGGGGAUUUGGAGCCAGAGACAUGGGACGGAUGGGAGACAUGUCCUACCGGUCAGGGGGUAUGGGAGGAGGGAUGGACAGAGACUUUGGUCGCAGUGACAUGUCCAUGAGCAGAGGCUUCGGAGACUCUUUUGGAGGAAUGGGAGGAGGUUAUGGAGGAGACAUGAGCAGUUUUGGCAUGGGGCCCAUUGGGGGAGGAUUAGGUGGUUUGGGCAACCGGUCCAUGGAUCGGAUGGGCUCUGGCUAUGACCGUAUGGGGGGGGGCAUGGCCAUGAGCCAAGGGUUCGGGGGCUACGGAGGAGGAGCCAUGUCUGACAGAGCCAAGGGCGGAUGUCAGAUCUUUGUCAGAAAUCUGUCCUAUGACCUGACCUGGCAGAAACUGAAGGAGAAGUUCAGUGUCUGUGGCCAGGUGAUGUUUGCAGAGAUUAAGAUGGAGGGAGGAAAGUCUAAGGGCUGUGGUACGGUCAGGUUUGACUCCCCAGAGAGCGCUAACCAGGCCUGCAGGAUGAUGAACGGAACCAAGAUCAGCGGUCGCGAGGUUGACGUCCGCAUACGCGCAACGCCUAGAGUCACACAUACACGCAUUGAGUAA